GCUUUUGUGAACAAGUCAGCCGGAUUGUCGCAUGAUCGUACAUACUCGAUGUCCACUUUUUUUAUUUUUCUCGAGCUCCCUUAUGUACGAGAAAAAUCUUGAAGGGAUGUGCUUUGUUUUAUCGCUUUGGAUGUAGCCUUCUUUAAGUUGAGCAACACAAGCCGAAUUGUUUUCAAAUAUUUUUGUGGGCUUUUUCUCGUUGACUAUUUUGUUUGAUUCUUGUAUGUGGUGACUCAUUAACCGAAAGCCACACACAUUCUCGACAUGCUUCGUGAAGCGCAAUAGUCUUUGCAUGAUUCGAAGAUGUCGCAACCAGAUUUUGUUUCUGGGACCGCCAAGAGAUCGCGGCUCCACCAAUUGUAAAUGGCAUGUAUCUGCAAAACUAUACCAAACUCGGAGUUUCUAGGUAAACCAAUCCUGAAUCAAUACGUACCUCGGAGAGAACUGACAUGUUCUCGACGCCAUUCUAAUUUUCAUAAAUAUGAAAUGAGCUGUAUCUUGCAAAGACAUUAGUGUCUAAAACUAUAUUUUAUCAAAUACAACUUGCAAGACAUAUAAGCUCACAAAUGUUUUAUUACCAUAUGCAUCUCCAAAGUACUUAUUUAUAUAAGAUCUUACCUGGAUCUUUUAAAAUAACAUCUCUUUUAACAUCAAGAGAUCUGUUUACCAUUGGAGUACUCAAAGGAGUCGAUUUAUUCAUACAAAAACGUUUCAAUAACCUUUUCGUAUGAUUUGAUUGAUGCACAAUUAUUCUUUCUCGGAGAUGCUCUAUCUGGAGCCCAAGACAAAACUUUGUCUUGCCGAGUUCUUUCAUUUCAAACUCCUAUUUCAUAUGAGUUCGAGCAUCAUCAACCUCCUUUUGAGUUCCAAUUAUGUUCAGGUCAUCACAUGCGUCCGGAUUGCUUUAAUCCUUAUAGUGAUCGCUGUAACUUGACCGAACAAAUCUCCUUGGAUUUUUCUUUGAAUGCCCCUCGCAUUUUCAAUCCCUCAGGGAGUUUCAUAUAUAUAUCGUUAUCCAACGAUCCAUACAAAUAUGCAGUCACAACGUCCAUGAGAUGCAUCUCAAGAUUUUUAGACGCCGUUAGGCUCAUCAAAAAUCUAAACGUAAUUGCAUCUAUUACCGGAGAAUACGUUUCCUCAACAUCAAUUUCCGGUCUCUGAGAAAAUAUUUGGGCAACUAAUCAGGUUUUAUACCGUAUUACUUUUCUCACGAAUACCCACUUAUACCUAACAAGAUUUAUAUUCUCAGGCGUUAUGACUAUAGGUCCAAAGACAUUCCUUUUAUUUAGGGAGAAUAAUUCAAUUUGAAUGGCUCCUCCCAAUCAUGUCCUUUUAACAUUCUAAAAUGGACCUUGGAUCGUGAUCAUCACUUUUAUGAUCGAUCUCUUUGGACACAUAAAAGGAGAAUAUUCCAUCAACAUCUUUUAUCUUAUAACUUUUUUUAUCAAGGGUGUAGUUGAUGGAAAUCUCAUACUUUUCUGUUCCCUUUUCGUCAUCGGGAUCAUCUUUAUUUGGUUCAUCUUGAACCUUUUUAUCUAUGCCUUCUUUCAGACAUUUUUCAGUAUCAGGUUCUUCUGGAACCUUUCCACUUAUGCCUUCUUUCAGACAUCUUUCAAUAUCAGGUUCUUUUGGAAUCUUUCUUCUUUGCUCAACAAAUUUCUUUUUCUUUCAGGAAUUUUUAUCUUUAGAACCCUCUAGUCUCCCCCCUCUUUAACUGAACCCUAGGUUCAUUCAUUUUGUUACCAUCAGUUUGUUCUUUAGGAACAUCAAAUCUGGAUGGAACAUUUUCUGCGGGUAUAUCAUGUCGUAUCUGUGAACACACUUAGUAACUGGUUUGUCAAAUUAUGCAAAUGCAUAAUUUCCUGAAUUUUCAGCCCUCUUUGAUUCGUAGGGGACCAAAGUGUAACAACAACUGUGUACACCAUGUAAUCUCUUUAGGAAUUUCUCAAAUUCCUCCCCCUAACGCAGGAAAUUCAUCCUUCGCCAAAUCGUGCCGUAAACAUAUCACCAGUUAUUGGUUCAAGAUACCUUAUAUACGGCUUGUUCUAACUCAUUCAGAGUUUUAUAUAUUCCCGAGAGUAUCUUUAACUCUCCAGGGACUACUAAACAUCAAGAUGCAACUUAAGUUAUUUUUUUCCUGCCAGACAUUUCAAUAUAUUUCAUCUAUUUUAAAUUUUCUCCAGUGACCUUGGAACAAGCCGUUUUUCAUACCUCAAGGUCAUCUUUCAUUUCAUUCUUUGGAGAAAUAUAUACCUUGGACUUUUGGUCCAAAAAUCUCUCGUUAUUCUAACGAGCUUUAUAUCGAAUUGAUGGCCAAUCAAUUCACUCUACCCUCAUACAUAGAGGUAGACUCAUAAUCUUUAUUUUUAUAGCGCUUUUUCAUUUAUUUAUUGUCAACAAUCUAUUUUCUCUUUGAUUCCAUCUUUUUAUCCGUACUGAUAUGGUUAAUCGAGAUCUCUUUGUCAUCAUGGAUGAUUUACCCAGGUACCUGACUGUUACAUUAACCAUAUCAACGGUCUCAUCAUGAGAUUCAUCCUCUAUUUAUAUUUUUGCUGUUUUUCGAGGACUCUUUGGAACCAAAGUGGUCUAUCACGUCUCUAGCGUGCCAUAGACUCAUAUAUCGUCCAUUUAUGACACUAUUUUUUUAUUGGAGCAUUUUCAGCUGUAAUAUGAGAUAUCAUUAUUUCAUCAAAAUGUCUGGCAGGCUGAUGGAAUAUCAAUAUGAGAUUAUUCUACUUUUCAAGGGAGAUUUGCUAAAACCAACCCAAAUAUUCAAGUCAAAUAUAAAAGUGUACCCCACUUUCAGUCAAAUGCAAAACCAACCUAAAGGGGUAGUGAAAGUACUAUUUAACCCUUAUGACCAAACAAAAAACAUAAAUGUAUUUUACGUUUUUAUCCUUUGGAAGUCUACACGUAAAAAACGAAGUCUACAAAUGUUUAGACUUUCUUAGAAGUCUACCUUAUAGACUUAGUUUGUAGUCUAUACUCUAAUUUGAUCUAAAAUUUUAAUUUUGAAAAUGUAUAAAAAUAAUUAUAGUGAUAUUUUUAACUAAUCAUCAAUAUAAUGGAUAAUAUGAACUAAAUAAAUUAAAAUUUCAUAUAAUUGAAUAAUUUUCAAGAAUAUAUACUAAUUUGGUUAUCAUGUGUUGGACAAUGUUUAUAGUUUACAAACAAAAGGUUAUAACAUGUUAUGUCUUUUAGUGGUUGAUUUCAUAGGGUUAGAUUUUAGAUUUUGUUUUUUUUUGUUUUAUUAACUUAAAUCAGCAUAUUAAUGUUUAGUAGUUUAUAUUUUGUAUAAUUGGGACUUUUUGAUUAUCAAGCAAAACAUUUAGGGUUUGAUAUUUGGGGUUUAGGGUUUCGUAGACCUACAGAAAAGUCUAUUUAGCUGGAGACGUCCUUUUCAGUCUAUUUUAUUGGUGUUCACAUAAAAUCUUUUUAUUUUAAAUUAAAUUUCCAUAUUUAUGAAUAAGAAUGUUAAAUCAUAUAUUAAUAAAUAUAAAAAAUAAAUAAAAAAUUUAGUAAGUUAUCUUUUUAAUUUUCGCAAAUAAUAAAGGGAAAGAAAAAAAUCGUUGUAGACUGACAAAGAAGUCCACAUAUCAAAUUUAACCUAACCGGAUUUAACCAAUAUAAUAUUAACCAAAUCGAAUUUAAACCAAACCUCUUUUAACCUAACCAGAAAAGUUACCCAGAAUAUAAAUACGAUUUGUUAAGCUUUUUGGGGUAAAAAAAACCCUAAUCCCCGCCGUUCUCUCUCUCAUGCGAUUUUCGGGGAGAUUUCCGGCGAACUCUAGCCACACCGUUUCCGCCGCUUAAACUAGUCGUUGUCCACUCCGUCGCUCUGGUAAGUUAAAUGUCUUCGGCUUGUCUUCGGCUUCGUCCGCUCCGUUGCUAAAAGUAACCACCUUUACCUUUUUCUUUUUCAGAUCUGAGCCGGCGACUUCCAAAUCUCUGCUUCCUGUCAGUCUCACGGCUUCUACUCUAGCGAGCUAACAAACUGUGUUUCAUCUUUUCAGGGAACGAACGGUACGUCAUCUCUCUAUGUCUUCUCUCGUUUAACUAAUAACCUAACUAGUUGACUUAUAUUCCUGUAACCUCUCUCUUAGUUUGUUAACUAACCUAUUAGUUUCUUCUCUAAUCCAUUUUCUGCUUCCGGUCAGUCUACUUUAAGGUACACAUCAUUGUUGAUAUGUAGACAUAUUUUUUGAAUUGUUGUAUACUGUUUUUGGCUUCCGUCGAAGGAUGACAAAUUUAGUUUGGUUAGAUGGUUUCGUAUUCUCGAUUUAUGAUAGAGUUUGGGUUAUUAAUUUAGUUUGAAUGGUUAAUUCUCGUGUAGACUUCAUUUUGAUUUGUAGACUUCUCGGAUAGACUUCAUCUUGCAUUGUAGACUUCUCGGGUAAACUUCAUCUUGCAUUGUAGACUUCUCGUGUAGUCUUCACUCUGCAUUGUAGACUUCUCGUGUAGACUUCACUCUGCAUUGUAGACUUCUCGUGUAGACUUCAUUCUGAAUUGUAGACUUCUCGCAUAGAAUUAAUUUUGAAUUGUAGACUUCUUUUAUUCGUUUGUAAACUUCUCUUGUGUAAUUUUUUGUUUGUGCUUUUUUGCUGCAGGUUUCAAAAUGGAUAAACUUGAUUUCCCACAAAGGCUGUAUAGUGUAGGCCAGGAACCUUUUCCGAAUAAAAGCAUUGCCUACUACAGCAAUGACAGCAAGCUCUUCCCUGCUCUUAAAGAAGCACUCGAGGCAGAUGAAUGGGAGGAGCUCAAGAACUCGAGAGUAGGAGUGUUCUUAAAGUUCCACGAAAUGAAGUUUGGAUGGGCUUCAAGGCUGGUGCACUAUAUACUGUGUUUUCAGCUUGACUGCAAGAAGAAGUUUGAGUUGUGGAGUCUCGUAGGUGUUGAACCAUUGAGGUUUUCUCUGCAUGAAUUUGAAGAGAUAACUGGCCUGAACUGCGAGUAUGUGAAGAAUCUCGAGAAUCCGUUGGUUGAGGUAACGGCUGACAUGAAAGCAUUUUGGGCGCAGAUGGGAGUGAAUUUCGACCGGGGGCCAAGUAUUGAUGAAUUAACUGCAGCGUGUCAGAUGUGCAGAACAUGGUCUCGAGAUGAUCGGCUGCGUUUAGGGUAUCUAGCCAUCUACGCUGGCUUCAUCGAAGCAAGAAGAACCUCGUCACCCACACGGGCUAGCCUGGCUAGGUUAGUGAUGGAUCUAGAUGCUUUUGAAGAUUAUCCGUGGGGAAGAGUAGCCUUUAAAUUCUUGAUGGAGUCGGUGAAGGGUGUAGACUUGACAAAGACGUAUGCUAUUGAAGGCUUUGUUCAGGUUCUUCAAGUCUGGGUCUACUGCUGUCUCCCUGAAUUCGGAGCUGGGUAUGGUCUCCCUAUAGAAGGUUCUCCGACCCCACCUCUACUUGCCUUCUUAGGUGCCAAAGGCCAGAGAAGACUCCAGGAGAAUAUCUUGAAACAGACUAGGACUAAGAACUUUGCUAUGAAGGAUUACUCUGAAAUGUUCCCUCGCUGGGAUGGUGAGCUGGAAGAUGAGAAGGCUGAUAACAUAGUGAAGGCAAUGUUUUCUUCAGGCUGGGCGUGGGAACAAAGUCACUGGCCUCUUGUCGGAACAAAACUGUGGACAAAUGUGAAGGUGGAGAUCCAUCCGAUGAAGACAGAAGCUGGUCAGAUGAUGCGAAGCUUGAAGACAGUGUCCCCUUCUCGCACAGAGUCUGAUGCAGAAUCACGCAAAAAGGCUCGUGAGUCCCCUGGCCUGGAUGUGGAGACCAUGAAAGGAGAAAUAGUUCGUUGGCUAACUGGCCUGACUUCUAAUAUGGUUGAGGGGCUGAGCAGAUGCGAGAACACUCUGAAGACACAAUCCCACAUGAUUGAGGGCCUUACAACUCAAGUGGGAGCUGUUGAGAAGAUGGUGCGUGAAGGUUGGAAAGAAGACCACACCAAAGCUGGUUCAUCUACUGAUGUACCUGAGGCAAACAAAUCUGAUGGAGACAAAGCUAAGAAGGACAGCGCUGAAGGAAGCAAAGGUGAUGAAAGCAAAGGUGAUGAAAGCAAAGGUGAUGAAAGCAAAGGUGAGGAAAGCAGAGCCGAGGAAAGCAGAGCCGAGGAAAGCAAAGCUGCGGAAACAGCUCCCAAAGGAAUGACAACAAGAGCCAAAGCUAGAGACACCCAAGCCACUGUGGUUAGUACCAAAACAUCUCCCAAACCACUUGAUCCGAAAAGAGGAAAAAAAUCAGUGAAAAAGAAGUAA